GAUUAUCAUCCGCGAGUACCUAGUAAUAUAGUAGAUUCGUUCGUUUUCCACACUUUCCAACGAGGAAAAUCGGUCCAGAUUCGAUUAACGAUAGUGCGCCAUUUGUUGCGGAAAAUUGUAGUUAUUCAAUUGUUGCGUAUGAGUUUUAUGGUACAGUAAUUGGACUUUUGCUGAAGCUGGAGUGAGAAAGGGCAGCUGUUUUUGCACUUGUGAAAAGGAAAUCGAUCAAACUGUUGUGUUGUAGCAUUUGUAUUAUGUAGUAGGCAUUUGAUAUAAAUCGUAAUUAGUUUAAAUUCCAUAAUUUUGUGCAUAGCAAAGCAUUCAUUUACCAGUAUACUUGUGCCUGGUUUAGAUUAUCCAAAAACAAAUCGUGCUAAUCUCAUGAUAAGUGUUAUCGUAUAAACAUAAACGUAAAAUAGUAGUAAAUUGUCCUAACAUCUUUGUCGCCUAAAAAGCUGUUGUUACAAAAUAAGUGAAACUGCGAUCAGAAACACCACAAGUGAAACUCCGAAUCAACUCGACCAUGGUUGACAUAAUCUGCCUAAUGGCCCUGAUGGGAACGGUGCUGGCGGCUGCUGGUGCUGAAAGCUGGCCGGAAGGAUUUUCCACUUCGCAGCACUCGAUCGUCAAGCGGAUGGAUUUGGAAACAUGUCUAGUGCGCUUCGACGUCCACUUGAACACGAUCAUCCGCACGGAGGAGUCCCGCUCGAUGGGGGCCAAGUUCCUGGACGAUGCUGACGUAAGCUCGCGAGAGCAGUGCCUGCGACUGUGCUGCGAGACGGAGAAAUGCGAUGUGUUUGUUUUCGAAGAAAAGAACCAGGGCACCUGCUUCCUCUUCCAGUGUGGCCCUUCGAACGAUUUCCACUGCAAAUUCACCCACCAUGGUAACUACACCAGUGCCGUUCUGAAAAUUCCAUCGGUGGAGCAGCCCCCACCUCCUCUGGUUACGCAGAUCCACUCGCUGGUUCAGCCCCCGUCGCCACCCCAGAUGGCCGUUAUCGUGCCCCAGCUUUCCCAGCAUGAACGCGAACUGGUCAGCCUCAAAGCGCCGAAAACAGCCGCGAGAAGUGAACAAACGACCACGGCACCGCUGCUACCCCCUCUAGGGGUCCAACUAGGUCAAUUACCCACAACAACUACCCCGAAGCCUACUACGCCGAUGCAGUGUGGACACUACGAGUUCCCGUGCCACUCGGGCGAAUGCAUCGCCAUCUACAAUGCGUGCGACGGAAUUCCGCAGUGCUCGGAUGGUAGCGAUGAAGGUCCCGAAUGCCGUAGACCCCCGCCCAUUAAACCGUUCCAACCGGCUCCUGUGCAGCAACAGCAGCAGCAACAACUACAACAACAGGCUCAACAGAUUUCCACGAACCAAGUGAACGACAUGCCCCCGGUAAAAUCCAUAAUGUCACAAGUUUUCCAACCGGAUCUACAGCAGCAACAGCUGAGAGGAUUGCAGGAGCAGCAGAAGCUGCGUAACCAGAUGCCACACAACCGGGAGGACCCGAUGACGGCUCCGAAAGCGUCGUGGUCACGACCGGCCAUUGAUCAACAGAGCGCCUAUAUUGACACUGCAGAUAGUCGAAUCUUCAACCAUAAAGGAGGACUGCAACUAUCCUCCAACAAUGCAGCUGCUGCGCAGUACCAGUUCCCUGAAACCAGUUACGUUCCCAACAUCCCACGAAACAACCCUUACAUGCCUAUUCCCGACAGCUUCCAACCGGGAUCGCAGUGGAACGACCCUCGCAUGUCGCCACCUCAACGCCCCAUGUGGUCACAAUCCCAGCAGGUUCCUCAAGAACAGUACGUUCAACCACCUCCUCAACACCAACCGGACGUCACCCAGCUUCAACCGAUUCAGACAAUCCCCUCAAAUCCUCCAUCCCCACCCCAACCCCAAGCGGCGGCCACUCCGGUGGUCUCCGAACCCAAGUCCCUUCCCCAGAACGCCGAAACGACUAAGAAUUCCGAAAACCACAUAUCCGGAAAGUCCUCCGAAGAAUACGAAUCCUACGACGAACAGCAGUAUCCGGAAAAGCCCUCCAACGAAGACCAGGAAGAACCGGAGAAACCGGAACCACCUCAGCAGAAGAAGAAACCGCGGAAACACCACCACCAACACCAACACGACGAGGAGCACAAGAAGCGGAAAUCGAAAACGGCCAAGAAGGACAAGGCCGUCCACGAGAGCGAAGGCCACAUGCCACCGGUGCACGAACACCUGAAAAUGCUGCGCACCGAUCUGGAGAUCGAGUUUGCCGAUCACGAUGGGCAAGCGGAACGGCCAGGCGGAGCGGUCCUUUCGUUGACUUUGGGAGCCAUUCUGACGGCGGCGUUGGCCAUCCUGAUCGGAUGCCGGAUGAAGGUUGCCCGCAGGAGGAUCCGAAGACAGGGCAAGGGCUCGUACGCGCACGAUGCCGACUUUCUGGUGAACGGGAUGUACCUCUAGGACGCGUAGGAUGAUGGCUGCAGGGCAGUCGCUUGAGUAGUAAGAUUGAUUGAAUGCUUUUAUUUUGACAUUUGGUUUGCAUUGGAGUUAUGUUCUACUAUUUAUGUGAGGCAUCUUUUGACUGAGAAUUGUAUAAGGUAUGAUUUUUGCUUUAUUCCAGCCACGUGUAGAAGAGAUUUUAGGUUACACAAUAAAAUAGAUAAGAACCCACCACAA